GCCGGGAUCUGAGCGAGCACCGGGGCCAGCGGAGCCGGAGCCGCCGGGACAUGGUUGCAGAUCUGACCUCUUCUGAACACUUGGCCGUGUCUCCAUUCCCGGGACUCUGAACCCAGCAGCUGGACCACUUUGUCCUUGGGAUUUGGGGUGUCCUUGCUUCUCACCUUUCCCUUUCUCCCUCUUCCCUCCCACCUCCUGAGAACUCCUGAAGACUGUAGGAUUGUCAUGGAGUCCAGGGAAAUCUUAAGCAGCUCCCGGCAAAGGGGGGAUGAGUCGGAAUUCCUUCCUGUCUCCUCGGCCAAGCCCCCGACUGCUCCCGGCUGUGCAGGAGAAUCUUUGCUCUCCACUCCAGGACCUGGGAAGGGGAUCCCAGUGGGCGGAGAACGCAUGGAGCCAGAGGAGGAGGAUGAACUGGGCUCAGGGCAGGAUGUGGAUUCCAACUCAAAUGCAGACAGUGAGAAAUGGGUUGCAGGAGAUGGCCUGGAAGAACAGGAAUUUUCUAUCAAGGAGGCGAACUUUACAGAGGGGAGUCUGAAGCUGAAGAUUCAGACCACCAAGCGGGCUAAGAAACCCCCAAAGAAUCUGGAGAACUAUAUAUGCCCACCUGAGAUCAAGAUCACCAUUAAGCAGUCUGGCGACCAGAAGGUGUCCCGUGCUGGGAAAAAUAGCAAAGCCACGAAGGAGGAGGAAAGAAGCCACUCCAAAAAGAAGAUACACCACAGCAGAGCUGAGAUGUCUAAAUUCUACGUGAAUCUACAGAAUUCCGUGGACUGGCUGUGGGUGAACCUGGGCAUUGUGGCAUCUUCCCAGAGACUGACAGCCGCUUUAUCCACUGCCCACAGUCGUCUCCCCACUGAAAGACACUCAUCAGGGCACCCCAGCAGUGAGUUGGUGGUAGACAGUGAUGGCUGGCAACACAGCACAGGACUAUGGGAUAAUAGGCUCACUGUGACCGCCUGGCGUCUUUCUUCCCCUGCUUUGAAUAAAGGCCCCAGACGUGGCUGUGAUGAACAGCAGCUGCGGGUUGGAAGCGGUCAGCAGCCUCGUCCAGAUACCCGCCACAUGGUGUAA